AUGUCGGAGACCGCUCCAGUGGCUCCUGCUGCUCCCGCGCCUGCAGAGAAAACACCUGUAAAGAAAAAGGCGAAGAAGACGGGCGCAGCUGCUGGGAAACGCAAAGCGUCUGGGCCUCCGGUGUCCGAGCUCAUCACCAAGGCUGUCGCCGCCUCCAAGGAGCGCAACGGCGUGUCUCUGGCCGCGCUCAAGAAGGCGCUGGCUGCCGCCGGCUACGAUGUGGAAAAGAACAACAGCCGAAUCAAGCUGGGGCUUAAAAGCUUGGUGAGCAAGGGCACCCUGGUGCAGACUAAAGGCACUGGCGCUUCGGGCUCCUUCAAACUCAACAAGAAGGCGGCCACCGGGGAAGCCAAGCCCAAAGCUAAGAAAGCGGGAGCAGCUAAGCCUAAGAAGUCUGUUGGGGCAACCAAGAAGCCCAAGAAGGCUACCGGAGCAGCCACCCCAAAGAAGACCGCCAAGAAGACCCCCAAGAAAGCCAAGAAGCCGGCAGCGGCAGCUGGCACCAAGAAGGUGGCCAAGAGCCCGAAGAAGGCGAAGGCAGCCAAGCCGAAAAAGGCUGCUAAGAGCCCGGCCAAGGCCAAAGCCCCCAAGCCCAAGGCAGCCAAGCCUAAAGCCGCAAAACCCAAGGCUACAAAGGCCAAGAAAGCCGUCUCCAAGAAGAAGUAA